AUGACGGGCGAUCCGAACCACAACCGUCGCGGUGGUACUCGUAAUAAAGAAGUGCCCAAAGCGAAUAUCACGACUAACUCGGCCUCUGCUCGCGAUAGUGGCGACGAUUUAUUGCUAAUGAAAAUACCGUGUGCUUAUCAACUGAUAUUUCUGUUGGAAAGCGCAUCGGAAUGUUCUAAAUACAUAGAAAUAUACAAGGAAGCGGUGAAUCUCAACGUCGACAAUAACUGCGCGCGUUUGUACGGCGAUGCUGGGGAUCGCGCGGUCUGUAACGCGAUCGUCAUCGAUCACAAUCAGCUCGUAAACUCGUUGAGCCACCAGUGUACAGAGAAGGAUGAGAGAUUUCGAAUGUUGCACGAACGAACCAAAAUAGAAUUAUACACCAGCGGUAAAAUCUCCGGGAAACUAAUGGUGCAAUACGUACGUCAGUCGAUAAUCGUUGCUCUGGAAUCGUUGCGUCACAAGUGGACCGAAUUCGACACCGACAAACACGCGUACCGACCCGAACUACUUUACAUAGUGAUGAUCAAUUUCUUCGAUUUGGAGUUCAUAAUAGAAUUUAUUCAAAUCGAACAAAAAGUGGACGCGAUAGUCGAGUUGAAGUGUAAGAAAAUCGCCCAGGUUCGUGAUAAAUUUGUUUCGAGGGCGACGAAAGCCGAGCAGGCUAUUGUGGCCGAGAAAAUUCGACAAUUUUGGCAGAAUUUCCAUCACGGGUUGAAUAUUGAUUCGAAAAUGGCGUCCGAGUUCAAAAACGUCGUGGUUUACUCGUACGAAUCCAAAUACAACGCGCACUACGAGCCUCCGGAUAUCGACAAAAUCGUCACCAUGUCCAGAAAUUAUGUGAUGCGCGAAAUGAACCGAAUACAACAGUUUUUAUUGAACGUCAGAAUCGAGUACGAAAACUGCGUGAAAAACGCGAACUCGAUAUACUCUUUGCAGUCCACGAACGAAGAUUUUGGGCAUUAUUACGAAUCUUAUAGCAACAACUUGAGCAAGAUCCCGGACGAAGUGCUCUCCGUACCGGUAAUUUUAGACGCGAUGAUUAAUGCCAUUAGCCCUAAAAACAUCGCGGACGAAUGGAUCGACAUUUGUUCCGAUGGGCUGAAAACCGAAAGCGAGGAAGGUUGCAUGAAUUAUCCUGUUUGCGUACAAUACGGAAACGAAUGCGGUCUGACUGUGAAAAAACAUAACUUACGUUUCACAAACUAUUUGGAUUCGACCACGAACGUGUUGUACGCCAAGUGGAAGAAAUUAUUGUGGGGUAGGCGUCCUUUGGUGCCGUUAGAGACCGAAGCCGAGUACGACCGUAUUAUCCAGGCUAUCAAAUGCCAAUGCGAAGAAAACACUGCCGGCGACGACGUAGACCUGCAGCUUUGCGUGUUGGGAUUGAAUCGGUUGAGAAACAACCUGGACGUGUUCAGAGGCGAAAGUAUCGAUUUGUCGACACUGGGAAUGAUGACGCGGAUGACGCUCGAGCCGAAAUCAUUAGAACCGGUGUGCCGUGUGACGUUGUUGCAAUUAUUGGAAAGCGAAUCCGAAAAAUUCAAGCGAAUGAGUUACGCUUAUUUCGUACCGGAAGACGUGCUGUUGGUGAUAUUUUAUGACUUCCAAGUGGCCGACUCUUCGACGCGUAAACGUUUGCAAAGAUUUACCGUCCCGCAGUGGCCGGUUUACAUCAAGGAUUAUUUCGAUUAUUACCACGGCAAGAAAAAGCCGAUAAGUUUUUACGCCGUAGACGCGAAUGACCUGUGUUCGACUUACGUAGAGGAAACCGAAGAGCUGCGUUUCGGAAACGACGGUCAGCUGACCAUUGCCAAGAGAAAAUGGUCAUUCGAAAAGGAGUCUAUGUGUUUGAUUUACAAAACAAAACGGUACGAAAUCCUCAGAAACGUUGACGGCGGCGAAGACGACGACGAUCGUUUUAUCAUACACUGCAGUAGUACGGGCAGCGCAUACUACGUCAGCAAAUCGCGGAGCAAUGUCAUCGGGUGCGUGUAUAGAGCAACGGACGGCGCGCUCAACGAAAUCGUUUCCGGGAGCAAACCCGGCAACUAUCUGGUGCGGCAAUCUAAUCCGAACGCGAGGGCUAGUAACGGACAAUUAGAAACGUGCCGGAGUUAUGACGGUAACAUCGGCAACCGGAAGGUUGUCGUCGAGUACGCGGAUAAGAAGACGGUUACGCAUACGACGACCGGCCGGGGCGAAACGCCUGCUGCAGCGGCCAUCGGUGUUCUAAAACCGUCGGCGUCCAAAAUGCGAAAACCGUCGGUAGUCGGUGCCCCGACACCGCCGGAGAAUUCCGGGACAACGUCAAAUAAUGUCACUGCAUCGCCACCCACAUCACCGCCCGGGUCGCCGCAGUCGGCCGUCGAGGGUUCUACGAGAAAAUCCGUGAGCAAUAUUAAGUCGACGAAAAGUAAGAUGAAGCGAGUGGCGUCCACCCGGAAACGGAAUUCGGCGGUUAGCAUCGCUGUAUCGAGAGAAGACAAACCUUUGAAAACCGUACAGGAGGAUUUUUCCCCGCCGUACCCGCCGGUGGAGUACUCCCGGGACGGGACUAGGAAAACCUUGCGGUUCGACGACGGCACUGAGAUUUCGACCUACGUCCAGGAAGUGCAGCGGCCGGAAGAACUGUCUGACGAUUGGGUUGUUAUGGCCGUUACCGGGUACGAGUAUGUACACCCCGCGUACCCGUCCGUGACAACGGACGAGAGGGACGGGGCGAUCAGCGUCCAGGGUCUUUUCACGCGUUCCUCAGACGGCGGCCUCAGCUUGUCGAUCCCGGGGUCGUCAAGUGACACGGCCGGAGUCGCCCGCGUACAAGUCUCCAAAGACUCCAUCGUGGUGUACGGUGGUGGCGACCGGGUGAUCGCGACGUUCGGUUGGAAGGGUUCCGAGUCUAAUCUGUUCGAGAAGCGCGACAGCCGUGGGAACGUGCAAAUCACGGUUCCGGACAGCACGUAUAGUCCGUUUGCCUCGGGCAUUGACGACGUUACGAGUUUGAUCCCGCCGGCCCGAUUCGACGCUCCGUUCGCGUGUUUCAUCGUGAAACGCGGUAUUUCGGGUUUCAGGGUGCUCGGAACAGACGAGCACGACAAGUUCGUUGAAGAGAUGCGAGGCCGGGCCGACGCCGUAUUGGUGCGCGAGACCCCCGAAGAGUUUACGACGGUCUUCGGCGCGGACGAACCGACCGUCGCCGUCACCGCCACUCCUGUAGGUUACGAGUGGCUAAAAGUCCGUGUACCCAACCGUGACGAUCGCGGGACUGCCGUCCCGAAAUUGUUGGUGUGUAGAACGCUAAGGAGGGCUAACAACAAUUACGGUCCAGUCUUGACCUGUUUGCGAAACCCUCCGACUUUGCAGCAUCUGCAGCGGCGGUCGGGGUGUACUACAGCAGUGGUACGGCCCCCCAGACUAGUCGUCCGCUCAAAUUUCCCCAGGGCCGACGCCGUGUGCGCGAUGUACGCGACGGGUACGUCCCGGUACGGUCAGGAACGCUCCGAUGUUAAGGCCGUAUUGGCCGGUCCGUCGGUUAAACGUGACCGUCGAGAACAAAAACAGCGAGACGCGCAAGAAGCUCGUAUGCGGUCGAAACGCAACGAAUUUAUUCCGUACUUCCAGUGCGACCGUUACGGUCCGUUGAGGGAUUAUUUAAUCGUCAACAAUCUGUCUUAUAAUAAAAAUAUGACGGGACCUAGGUACUAA